AUGUCCUGUGGAUGUGGAAUAUCAAAAAUUAAAUUAUUAGGGACAUUAGAGGAUUGGGAAUGCUUAAGAAAAAAUACUGAAAAACUUAAAAAAUUUGGAUUAGAUUGGUGGUUAGAUAGAAUAUUACCCAUUUUAGAUUAAUUCAUCAAUUUACAUAAAGGAAAUAUAGAUCAUGCAUUUUGGAAAGACAUCUAUAGAUAUUAAAACAAGAAAGGUAUUUAUGAUCCAACACCUGAAUAUGCAACAGGUUGGAUUACUAAUUUCUUCUCAUAUAAAGUAAAUGAAAAUGCUGAUGUGGAAGAUUAGGAUAAUAAGUUUGUAAGAAAUUAAUUUCCCAAGUAAUUAACAAAACAUUCCCAAUUGCCGAAAGACUAAAUACCCACUGGAAUAUCGUAAGCCCCUGUAAAGCUUAUAAAUUAGAGAACUCAAGUAACUAUGGAUCUUAAAUUUAACGCUGGAUUUUUUGGUGUAGCUAAAGAUGAAGAAGGAUUUAUUUAUGCUUAAUAAGGAUGGGCUAUUAUAAGAAAUAAUUAGAGAAGAAAUUUCUUUGAUGAUUUUUAUUGA